AUGCCAGCUUCCGAAACAGACUCAGAGGCCUCUUUCCACUCCAUCGAAAAUGACGACCAGCAUCAAGCCUCAACCUGGGCUCCCGCCAACUCCGAACAACCAACCUCCACCAAACCCAUCCCCAUAGAACGCUUCCCACCCGAAGAAGAAGCCACCCUCAAGGCCGAGACCAACUCCUUGAAAGGCUCCGGAAACACCUUCUUCGGCUGCGGCUCCUACGAAAACGCAAUCCAAACAUACGACAAAGCUCUUUCUUCGUGUCCCAACUAUCUGGACUACGAACUUGCGGUGUUGAGAAGUAACAUCGCAGCCUGCCAUCUCAAACUCGAAGAAUGGAAAGAAGCUGUCACGAGCGCGGAAAAAGGCAUCGAUAAUCUUGAACGUCUGGAACCGCUGCCGAGACCGCCCCCAAAGCCUGCGAAAGGAGAAACCGCCAAGGAAGAGGUUGAGGAUGAUGGGGUGGAAGAAGUCGACGAGGAGGUGGAGGAACGGAUACAGCGAUUACAAGAUUCAGGGAGGUCAUUGGAUGAAGUUCGAAAGCUUCAAGUCAAACUUCUCUUGCGAAGGGCCAAGGCAAAGACAGAAUUGGAUGGUUGGGCAAACCUUCAGGCAGCUCAGGAAGACUACAAUACUCUACUGUCUCCCACGGUGCUACCAUGUCUAUCGACAACGGAUAGAAGAUCGAUACAAGACGCUGUCACAAAGUUGGGACCAAGAUUGAAUGCGGCCAAAGACAGAGAAAUGGCAGAGAUGAUGGACAAGCUGAAAGGGUUUGGGAAUACCAUGUUGAAACCGUUUGGAUUGAGCACGGAGAAUUUCCAGUUCGUGCAGGAUGAGAAGACGGGCGGUUACAGCAUGAACUUCGACCAGAAUCCAGGCAAGAAAUAG